GCGAGUUUUGGCGUUGUCUCUUCGUCAGUGUGUGUGUUUGUCUGUGCGGCGCUGUGGGUGGCUGCGGUUGUCUCUCUCGGCCCAGCGACCGCCAAAUUCCGGGUCAAAAAUGCGCCAGAAAGGCGUUCCAGCUCGUCUAGAUCAAGAUGGCUCGAACAAGGCAGGGCAGGUGGAAGGGGCACAGGGAGACAGUCAGGCCUCCUGGUGUGAAGCUCCAGAGAUGGUUGCCAUGCCAACAGAAGCAGCCUCCUCCCAUGCCAGCACUGAUGGGGAGGAGUCAUCUAGACCUGACACCAUGGGAGAUAUAGGUUGGUGCCAAGCCCAGUUUGUUUGUGAGUACUGCCAGAGCCUGCACGAGUCCCCCAGCUUGCUCCAGGCACACGUGCAGAAGAAGCACACAGCAGUGGUGCCCACCGAGGCUUUCAGGAGGGAAAGGAACCGGAUUCGCAUGCAGGAAAAACGUAAAAACCUCACGGAAGAGGAGAGAGAGAAAAUAAGGGAGAAGCAGAAAUUACAAGCAAGGCAGCGGAGGAAGUGCAUGUCUGCGGAGAAGAAAGCAGAGGAGAGAGAAAAAGACAGGCUCACAAAACAGAUGAUGAGGAAAUGUGUGUCAGAUGAUGAGCUACUAGAUCUGCGUGAGAAGAACAGGGUGCAGAAAAUGAUGUACCGACAGAAUGCCAGUGAGGAGCAGCGGGCAGUGUGGAGGGAGAGAGACAAACUUAGGAAAAGAGAAGACAGGGAAGUGAAGGCUGUACAGUACCGGUUGUUUGACAAGCUGUACUCCUGCAUCGAAGCACUCUUGGUCGGGUUGCCUCCAGAUUCUGAUCAGAAUUGCGCAACGGAUCAAGGACCAAUACAGAAUACAGAACAGCAAGCCACUACAGAGGAGGCCAAGACUUGUACUGUGUCAGAUGCAGUCAAGUCUGUGCAAAACAUGCUAACCUUCAUGCGUGGAGCUAAUUUGGUCACGGAUUCAGAAAUUACUAGAAUUCAUGACAUUAUCUGGAAGACAAUGAACAACUCCAGUGGGGACUUGAUCAAUGAUGUCAUAGUUUAUCAGAAAGCUGUAGAAAACUGCAGAUCUGAAGGUGAUUUGCAGGAGACUACAGAUGGUGCAUCCUCCUCACAGUGCACAGAGCCUAGGCACCAGCCAGGGUCAUCUUCUCCUGAAAAUGCACAUCUUACAGAGGAAAAGUCAGAGAAGCUGGGGAUAAAGAGUACAGAAGAGCACAGUCCUAAAGUUGAUUUCAGUAGUGAUGUAAUCGUGAAACAAGAAGUGGUUGAUUGUGCCGACAACUUCAGAGCUUCAGUUGGCGGCCAGCAUUUACCAGAUAGCCCCAAGGUUGCACAAUCAUUGGAACAUACAGAUGCACAACAGCCGGCCAGUACACGUUCUCAAGAAGCCACUGCUCUGGCAGAGGUGGUACAAAAGGUAACGUGGCUGAGAGCUUUGGUAGAAGGGCAGGACUGUCCAGAGAUACAUCUCGCCAUCAAGAGGGAAAGGAUGAAGAUACGGAACAUGCUGAGGAUGCUGAUAGCCCCCACACAGGACAUGGAGAAGGAAAGGGAGAUAGCAAAAAUAAGGAUGGCUCUCAAGAGGCAGGCAGCAACACCAGAUGCGAAAGAACUUGAGAAAGAGAAGGGCAGGAUGAGGAUGAGGUGGAAAAGGAUGAGACAAACGGAGGAAGAACGGGAGAUAGAGAAGGAGAAAAACAGGGUCAGGACCAGGCUGAAAAGAAUGGAGAUGAGUGCUGAAGAAAGGGAAAGAAUCAAGGAGAGGGAGAGACUGAGGAAACGACUGAAAAGGGAGAUGGCGUCAGAGGAGCAGAAACAAGCCUGGAGGGAGAAUGACAGGAACAGUAAAAGGAUGAAGAGAGCAACUCCUCAACAACAACAGGUGGAGAAAGAGUGGAUGGAGGGAGAACCAGGGAUGGUGACACAUGCUGAGGAAGAGUACAGAGAAAACUUGAGUCAUCAAGGAGUCAUAUGCCAGCAGGCUUGUGAGGAAUAUAGAGGGGAUAGUGCUAGUAGUAGUAGUGAUGAUAGUAGCCAUAUCUCAAAUGUCAGCAGAGGUACCAAUGAUGAAAGCAGCAGUGAAUCAUCAGAGCAAAGUGUUCCACAUAUAGCAGAUGAUCAGGAGGGAGAACCAAGCUCAGAGCAAGACAGCAACAAGGAACUUGAGGAAGAAAACGUAGGGAAAAAUGUUGGCAACAUUCUUGCAGAUGUGAAGCAAGACACGGCAUCACUAUCAGAUCAUUUCUCUUCUGCUUGUACUUCUCAGAAAAGUGUUGAUGGGGUAGAAACUAGCUUUUGUGACUCCAAUAAGCUAGUGUCCUCUGACAACCAGCCGGUAGAGAUGUCUGAUCAUAAUGUAGACCCUCAUGAUUCCUCUGCAUGGGAUCCUCUUUGGGACAGUUUUGUGCCGUUUACAGCACUGUCAAAUGACUGAGUGGAGUACUAGUAUAUAUAUGGAGAGAGGUAAGUUCAUUGAGAGAAUCUAGGCAAAUCAUAACUUAAAUCAUCUGAACUGGCGAAUUUCUCCUAGAUCAUAUUCUCAUGAUUAAUGAGAAUUUUAUCCUGGGAACCUGUGAUGUUGAAUCGGAAGGUAACAAAGUUGAUACUAGUGUUGAUGAGAACAUGAAUAAUUGCUCUAAACUGUGGUGAUAAACAGACAGAACAGUAUAUGUAGCCUCAUAGAGA